UUUUCCACAUUUUUAAAUUCCAAUACGCGUACAGCGUCUAAACCAAAACAAAACAAUCAAAUUUAAUGUGAAACCAUUAUGCAGAACGAUGGCGAAAACUCCAUUGCCCUUGCGACCAGCCAAGAGGAUAUAACGAAGCGCCUGGCGGCGCUGAAUCGUUGGCAGGAUGAGCAGAAAAGACUGCUGGAGGAGCGUCAAAACAAUCAGCGCGUAAUGCUCGGCAUGGAACAACGCAAUAUGUACCAAUUGUUGGGACUCAUACACAAGGAGGCGGAAAGCGCUGAGAGUAGUAUUUUAGAAGAAUCCGAUGUAGAAGAUGACCAGGAGCAUCGUACAGAUGCAUCCAUACAAAUGCCCAGGCACACGGAGUAUCAGGAGGAAGAAGGCGGCGGCGACAGUCAGCCGUCUGCGAAGCCCAAGCGUCCUUUUCUGCGUCGUGGCGAGGGAUUGAAGCAACGCUUCAAGAUCAAUCCUGAUCAGCUGCGCUUGGAGAAUUUGCCACGCUAUAAAUACGCGAAUGCGCAUCCACAGUUUCGCACGCCCACGCAGACGAAGGGCAUUCUAAAGACGCGCAAGGAGACGAAAAAAGUAAACACUGCACAGCCAGCUAUAAAGGCUUCUGGUCCUGCUCCGCCACAGCUAGACCUCAAUGAGCAGCGUUUCCAGAACCUUCUGAUUAGCUCUAAAACUGCCUGCAAUUCCACACCAGACCUCAAGUCUUCCUAUGCAUCCUCAAGCACAACCAGCGUGUCGCCGAGAGUUCGUUUCGCGGAGCAGAGGAGCAGAGAGCAUGCUGCCGACGAUGAGCAAUCCUCUGAGGCAAGUCCCCUGACGGGCGUGUGCUGGGCCAAAGUUUUGAAUGCACAAAGCAUCAAGCCAGUGCCCCUCAUCCAACGGCGCACGGCCCAGAUCCGGCUGGAAGAUGACAGCAAUGUGAGCAUAUUCGAGUUGUUGGAGCAAAAGGCACAGGAGGGGAAUUUCGACAUGAACUCCAGUUGCAUACGGACGUUCAUGGCCCGCAAGGAGCAGCGCCGUCAGAUGGCAGACGACACCGAUCAGAUUGUGGUCACCCAGCAGGUGAGGCAAAUGCAUUUGCAGCCAGAGGUGGCCCAGAUCACAGAGAUAGACGACGACGAUGACGACGUCGAGGCGGAGGAGGAUCAGACGAGCGACCUGACAAUGACGCCCAUUCAGGUGGGGAAGAAUCAAGUGCGAGUACGCUUCUCCGACUCGAAUGACACGCAUGACACAACCCUUGGCGAUGGCUCCAACGUGCAACUCUUCGAGCAGUUCAAGUCCGCGCUCUUCCAGGCCUUGGAACAGAAGAAAAAGUCAUCGAGUCCCACAAAAAAUGCAGACGAACCUGAACCCUUCAGCAAAGAACUUCAAGAGAAGGUAAAUAUUGUGCGCACCCGACUCGAGGAAUUGGAAACGGAGAUUGCCACGUUCAAAAAACAAAAUAUGGAACUGCUACGCCUCAAGCAAAAGCAUGAACUGGAAAAGGCCAAAUGCGCUCAAGACCACCUGGAGGCCAUGGAUCGUGUGCACGAUGAGAAAAUCCAAGCGGAGAUCUACUUGCACGAUGAGCGCAUGAAGAUCGAAGAGGAACGCCGCAAGUUUGAUCAGCAGAUGCGUCUGCAAAAGAGCAAUGCCAACAGCAAAGAGAAGAAGGAAAUCGCAGCCCUCAAGCAGGAGGUGGAGUCACUGCAGCUGCAGCUCAAGCAGAAGGAGCAGACGCAUAUCUCGGCCCAGGCACGCCUGAGAGCCCAGCUGCGGGCUGGCGAGAAGGAGCAACGUCUCUAUCGCGAUGAGAUUGAGCUGCUGGGCAAGGAGAACAAGCGUCUGGAGCAGGAGCUGAUCAAGGUUUCGCGCGAGAACAACUCCAAAAUGCUGCAGGAGAUCAAUCGCAAUAUUGCUAGACUGGCGCCAAAGGUGCUGCUUCCCACGGAUUCAUCUCAGCCAAUCGAUGAGAAUGGGCGGCGCACCAAGUCCUUGGAUGGACCAGCCAAGCAGCGGGAGUCCAUGAGCCGCCGCCAGAGCAGUGGCAGUGCCCCGACACGUGGCCAGAGCAGUGGUUAUGGACAGUUAAAUCGCAACCGCACAGCUAAGAAGAAGCCAGAGGUACUGGACGAAAGUUAUCCCAGCAGCAGCGCCAGUGAUGCAGAAGAUGAGCCGCAAACAGAAAUGCCAGCUGUAGCAGCAGCAAAAUCCACAGUCGAACCCGCAGCGGCUACCGACUUUAAGCGUGAGAUUGUGAAUGCAGAUGGCAGCAAGGACAUUUGGUAUCCCAAUGGCAAUCUCAAGAAGAUCAGCGCCGAUGCCAUGACCGUGCGAAUGUUGUACUUCAACAAGGACAUCAAGGAGUCGGACAUCAGGGAGGGCACCAUCAAGUAUUACUAUGCGGAGACCAACACCUGGCACACAACCUAUGUGGAUGGCCUGGAAAUACUGGAGUUUCCCAAUGGCCAGACCGAGCACCGGCACAAGGAUGGCACCAUUGAGAUACGCUUCCCCAAUAAUACCAUCAAAAUGGUGGAUCCCAGCGAUGCAGAGGUGCAGGAGGAGUGGCGCUAUGCGGAUGGCACGCGUCUCGUGCAGCUACGAAAUGGUGAUAAGAUUCUAAAUCUGCCCAAUGGCCAGAAGGAGAUACACACAAAGCUGAACAAGCGACGUGAAUAUCCCGAUGGCACCGUAAAGCUGGUCUAUCCGGAUGGCAGCCAGGAGACGCGCUAUUCCAAUGGACGCGUGCGUCUCAAGGACAAGGAUGGCAAACUUAUAAUGGACACCGACUAUGCAAAGUAUUAGAACACAGAUUUCUGUUUAUUUAUAAAUGUUUUAAGUGUAAA